AUGUUGUGCUGGCAGCCUCUGCCUCACCAGCUUGUCACCUCGGACCGGGACAGAGAGACCUCGGCCAAGCUGGCCAAGCUCCCCUGGAGGACAUUGGCACGGCUGGCUGCAAAAGGCCUGCUCUGCCCCACACAGCUCCUGCCAGCACACGUGCUAAUCUUCCUUAACCUGACGUCUCAUACGUGGUUUUGGAAUACAAUUCAGAAUGAUUUCAAGAAUGGGAAUGUUGAUUUAGAGGGCUGCAGGAGGCUGCUUGAAAAAAUGCAAAUAAAAUUUGAUGAAGACCAUUUAAAACAUAUUUUCAAGGAAACUGUGGACAAACAGUCAGGAAAUAUUAUUGGCAUGGACGACUUCAGAGCAAUUUAUCGAGCUCUUGUACACAGGCCUGAAUUUGAAGAACUAUUCAAGGCUUACUCGACAGAUGGCAAAAUUCUACCUGACAGCCAGCUCCUUGAAUUUCUUACAAAAGAACAAUUUCAAACUGAAGCUAAUGAAACAACUGCCUUAGAAAUUAUUAUGAAGUAUGAACCCAUUGAUGAAGUGAGGAAGAAAAGGCAGUUGUCAUUUGAAGGAUUUAUAAGAUACAUGAACUCAGACGAAUGUUCAAUAUUUAAAAGCCAGCACAAGACCGUCUAUCAAGAUAUGAACCAGCCAUUAUGUGACUAUUUUAUUUCAUCUUCUCACAACACCUACUCGAUAGCUGACCAGCUAAUGGGACCCAGUCACUUAUGGGGCUAUAUCAGUGCUCUGUUAAAAGGAUGCCGUUGCCUGGAGAUUGACUGCUGGGAUGGCACCAACAACGAACCUAUUGUGUAUCAUGGUCACGCUUUAACAAGCAAAAUUCCAUUUCGCUCUGUAAUUCAUGUGAUUGACAAGUAUGCAUUUAUGUUAUCUGCCUAUCCAGUUAUACUGUCUCUGGAGAACCACUGCAGCCCUGAACAGCAGGAAGUAAUGGCAGACUGCUUGAAAAGUAUUCUAGGUGACAAACUUCUCACUACACCAAUUGGUGGUGCAGUAGAUAUGACUGAACUGCCUUCUCCUGAGGCAUUAAAAUUCAAAGUUCUGAUAAAAGAUAAAAAAGUUGGAACAAAUGAGGAAGGUCUGCUCAGGAUGGAUGCUGAAUAUGGUGGUGAGAUAGAGGAACUGAGUGACUCUGAAUCUGAGUCUGAGGAUGACGACGCAGAUGACACGUUACCUCUUCAGCCAUCAAGGAGUCCCACCAGAAGAAGAAGAAAUCAUAGACCUUCUCUCCCACCUCAAAAAAAACCAAAGGUGAGAAAGGGAAAGAUUGCCCUUGCAUUGUCAGACCUCGUGGUUUAUACCAAAUCUCAGAAGUUUGUGAGCUUUGAGCAGUCCCUGCAGCAUCAGCAGUGUUAUGAAAAUAAUUCAAUUGAAGAGAGUGCAGCACAAAAACUUUUAAGAUCUUCAGCUAAAGAGUUUAUUUCACAUACUACAAGAUUUAUUACAAGAAUUUACCCCAGGGGAACAAGAAUGAGCUCGUCAAAUUAUAAUCCUCAGGAGUUCUGGAAUGUGGGGUGUCAGAUGGUGGCCUUAAACUUCCAAACACCGGGAACACAAAUGGAAUUGCAAGAUGGAAAAUUCCUGGACAAUGGUGGUUGUGGCUAUGUGCUGAAACCUGUAUUCUUGAGGGAUCGCAAUACCACAUUUACAACCCGAAAUGUGGGAGGAUACAGCAAACCAAUGUCUCUGUCAAUAAGGCUCAUCAGUGGCCAUCAGUUACCACGCAGCAGCACGUCAAGGAGCAACAAAGCUAACCCCAUGGUACAGAUAGAAAUCCAUGGUGUACCAGAGGAUGAAGCAAGAAAGAACUCUAGUAUUGUAAGAAGCAAUGCUUUGAGCCCUAAAUGGAAUGAAACAUUCUCUUUUAACAUCCAAGUUCCAGAACUGGCAAUGAUACGCUUCUGCGUGCAGAAUGAGAUUUCUGUGUGUAACAACGAAUUCCUUGGCCAGUACACUUUACCUGUGAUGAGCCUGAAUACAGGUUACCGUAACAUUCCGUUGAUAUCCAAAGAAGGCACCAAGCUGGAACCUGCAUCACUGUUUGUUCAUAUCUGGUAUUAUCACUGAUGCUCCACAGAAGAAAUCAUUCUGGAGGAUUGCCCCCUGCUCCAAUAAAAUAACAUCUCUGGCUUCGCAACAGCCCCAGUGGCCUGAUUCCCAGAGAGGCACAUUCACAAUGAUUUUGUGAAGCCAGAGGGAAUAUUAUGGAGGGGGUAUCCCAAAUAAGGGCUGCUGUCCUUGGCCCUACUGCUGUUUUUCUGUAGGAGAAGACUGGGUCUGAGAAAACCUAAGGAGCCUUGAGGUGCACAGGUCCAUGGGACGUGAUGAGAAACAUCCACAGGUCCUGAGGAAACUGGCCUGAGCCGCGAUCCCUCACUUGGGAAGUCAGGGCAGGUUGGGGAAGUUCCCACUGAUGGAAAAAGUGGAAACAUAGCCCACAUCUGCUAUCAAAAUCAGCGUUGAGGGAGGUGAUUUUACCCUCCUAGUCUGCUCUCAGGAGAUCCCACUUGGGAAGUUGCAUUUAGCUUUGGGGCCUCCAACACAAGAAAGAGGUUGAUCUUUUGGAGAGAGUCUAGAGGAGGGUCAUGAAAAUGAUCAGAGGUGUGGAGCACCUCUGCUGUGAGGAAAGGUUGAGAGAGUUGGAGCUGUUCAGCCUAGAGAAGAAAAGGCUCCAGGGAAACCUUAUAGAACCUUCCAGUAGAAGGGUAUGUAGCGAUUGGAAAAGGGUGGAUGGCUUUAAACUGAAAGAUUAAACUGUAAUUUACAUUUAACUGUAAAUUAAACUGUAAGUUUAACUGGGUAUAAGGAAGAAAUUAUUUACUGUGAGGGUGGUGAGGCACUGGCACAGGUUUCCAGAGAAGUUGUGGACUCCUCAUCCCUGGAAGAGUUCAAAACCAGUAGGAUGGGGCUCUGAGCAACCUACAAAGUGUCUCUGGCCAUGGCAUGGGGUUGGAAUGAGAUGAUCUUUAAAAUCCCUCCCAACCCAAGCCAUUCUGUGAUUCAAUUAUUCUAUGAAUGUUUAGAAACAAUUAAUAAACACUGAAUGCUUUUGAAUAUUUUAAAAAUUGAGUUAAUGUCAGUUGAAGCUAAUUUCAAAUUUAUGAUUAAUUAUUGAGUGAGAAUAAUAAUCCAAUACAUAUAAGAGAUCAUGCUAAUUUUUUAGGAUAUAAGCAUGUGAAAUUGGCAUUUUUAUUUGUAUUGAACAACAUCUCUUACCAUUGUAGCUUUUCAAGGGGACAGGAAAAAUUAUACAUACAAUGUUCCCUUUAAAUUUGGAAAAAGUGGGCUCUGACUGAAUUAUUCCUCUUUAGUGCCCACUGUCAUUUUCUUACCUGAAAAAAUAGUUUUCAGAAAAAAAUUAAAAUCAUAAAAAAAUCAUAUGCUAGUAUUGGUACCUUUCCUUAGCUUAGUCUUGAAUGUUCUGCUGCUAAAGCAAGAUAAAAAAAUUCAUGGAGAGUUUGUAAAGAACCAUAUUCCUCAUAGGAGCAGGGAGCUCAGGAUACAUCUUACCGGGAACUCAGAAAGUUGGAAACACAGUAUUCCGAGGAGAACUGGAGAGUUUUAGAAAAAUCAAGGGUUGAUUAUGUGUGUGAAAUCUAGGAGGACAACUACUUGCUUAACAUCAGUGUAGAUCUUACCCAUAAGACACAAUUUUCCCAUCUUCCUUUCAGAACUGAAGCAUUGUUGACCUUCCACAGGACUACAGUUACACAACUAAUGGCAGAUUUGUCACUCAAAUAUGAUUUUUUUUUUAGAAAAGGAUGUUUUAUCAACAAGUUUCUUUAAUAUCAAAUAAUAUUGCUUAAGUUUACAGACAGUUCUGAUGAUAGAUUGUAAUGCUCUUUUUCUUUAUUGUUAUUCUAAUGCUGUUUCAUUAAAUGUUGCUCUAAGAUGGAAAAUCAGGGCAUGUGGUAAACAAGUGUUAGAAAAUGUCACAGGAAAUAACACUGUUAGAAAAUUGCAUUAUAGUUUUAAUAAGGAAACUGAGACAGUAGACUAAGAGGAAUCUAAAAUCAAUAUUGGAAUGUAAGGUCAGGUGAUUCCAUAACUUUGUAAGCUGGUCUCAGUGUGUUUUCUGUGCUUGAAUGACAAGGCACUUGAUUUGUCUCCCAUGAGACCCUAUAGUACAAAAAUGUUUGGUGUCCUGAUCUUUGUAGUGAUGAUAUUCUGUGUGCCAGCCAAUAUCCUUUGCAUGUGGCGAAUAUUUUACAGUUUCUCACAGCUCUGAAUAGAUGAAUAAUAUUAAUAUCCAAACAGAGUUCCCCUGACCUCCCCUUACUGAGGAGGAGCUUAGUACAUCAGUUUGACUAGGGAAAGUAUUUUUAGAUAAAACCUGAUCAAGUCCAUUUGUUUGAUGCUGAGAAAAACUCCAGCUUAUUUUAUUUCCUAACACUCCAAGUCCCACUUCAGGAGCUUUAUACAACUUUCUAUUCUGACGACUGCUGUGGGUGUCCUUUGGGAGAAGAAGGCAAUUAUCUUCACUUCUGGGAUUAUUACCCCUCUGUUGACCACUUUUCCACCUGGUAGGACAAAUGUCAGAUCUGCCCAGUAUAAGGGAACUUAAAAUUUACAGCAGAUCAGACCACAAAUCAACACAUCUCCUGUGCCUUAAAACUGUGCCCCUGGCCCUGGAAAGGUUUAUUUACAUGGUCAGUGGGUGUGUGCAAGAGUCUGGCAGUAAUGGACAGCUCAUUGUGGCUGCUCAUAUGCCAAAUGCUUAAAGAGGUGUUUAAGUGCUUCCUCAAAUUAGAGAAAAACAGGGCCCAUAAUUAGCAUCUGUGAACUUAAAGGAACCACUCAUGUUCAUUAUUUAAUAUAUAAAUACUCUAAAUCUAUUCAAUGCAUGUAUUGACUUGAACCCCUUAUGCAGCAUAGGAGUGCAAUGUGGGAAGACUGCUGAACAAAUAUCUGUGGCAUCAUGAGCUUAAAUAAAUCCCCCCUGAAAGCUCACACUCAAUAUAAUCUCUUUAUUCAUGAACAUCAGCUUCUCCCCCCUUCUCUCUUCACACAAAUGACCAGUUAUAUCUGCCUCUUGGAUGUCAGAAUAAAAAAACAAUGAUACAUAUUGUUGACAAAUUAAUGUCCUGGAUUAAAUGUGACAUUGUAUCAAAACUUCUAACAUUCUUUAAAAAACCCAAAGUAUUGAUUGGAUAAGAUUUAAUAUGAAAUUUGCUGGACAUCUGCAGGGAAAUGUAUUGGCAGGGAACCAUCCCAUGGUCCUCUGGUGAACUCAUCACAUGCAAUGAUGAUAAAUUACAUCAUUACCAGCAUUGUUUCAACACCAUCAGUGGAAUUAAUGGGCAAAGAAUGAGGCCCCACACACUGAGAAUUUAGUAUUUUUACUGUACUAUUUAAUAUUAACAAAACCAAGCCCUUCAUUGCUGUCAUAAGAACUUCUGCAUAUUGCUACAAGUCCUUAGCACGUGAUUCCUUAAACUCACGCUGUCAGGAAUCUGUGGCAGGAACAUGGUAGCACAUUUAAGACAAUAGCAUUAUGAAAUGUUAGGAUAUGUGCUCAGCAGAUGACUGCCUAUUCUCAAGGGCAACUGAGACAAAAUGUACCGUGGGAAAUGGGAUAAAGAAACAUUAGUGAGUGGGCAAAUAAUUGAAUCAUCUCGGAGAGCAUUUAAAUUACACUGUUUCCCAGGGAGUACCACUUUUCUUCAUUGAACUGGACACUGCUCAGCUGAAUGUUAACAGCUCCCACAAAUGUUCCUUUGCUUUUCACAACAAGCUUCAGUACACGGCCUUGGAGCUCUGGGACUCUGUCAUAUACAAUCUGCAAUAAUAUCUAGUGAAAUAGAAAAAAAAAAUACAAGUUUGUUAAUCUAUUUGACAGGCAAAGCACUUCAAAUAGGAUGAUGAUUAAUCCAACUUUGUGAUAAUUGCUUUAAACUUCCAUCCAGAAUAGUAAGCUAUUAACCAUGAGCCAAAUUCACUUAACUUAGUGAAUUUACCUCAGAAAUACAUUUGACCUUAUCUAGUUUAUAUAAAGAGAUUCUACCUUAGAAUCACGAGCU